GCUGGGCUGGAGUUCAAGGCACUGCACGUGGUCAGAUGCCGCUAUGAACUGCUGCUGCGUCUUUUGCAAGGCCCGGCCUAUUAAGCACGUGUCAAAAGAAGCGCCCAAAUGACUUUCCUUCUUCCGCCCACCUCUGGCGCCUUUUGCAUCUUGGCUCGGGGCUGCCAACGAUGUUUGGAAAAGGGCUGUCCUCGCUUCUUCUGCAGGUGGAGAACAGACCAGCCGGGCUAGAAUAGGCCGCCCCGUGAGGGGUGGGGAGCGUGCGACCCCUCCCUCGCAGAAGGGGGCAUCCCAAGAGCUUCAAAGCGGUAACGCGGGGCUGGGAGGGCCGCCAAAGCCAGGCGAGUCUUCUCCCCCUCCCCGCCACCAGGCACAGCACAGGCAGCCUCCUCCUCUCGGGGCAGGCAGGGCGGGGACUAGAGUCCCGCCGCCGGCCAGGCACAAAGCGCGGAGCUGCUGGGGGCGCAGGCUCCGGCAGGCAGCCCCAUGGCCCUGCUGCUGUUGGCGCUGGCGGCGGCCUCCCUGGCUCGGUCGUGCGCGGCCGUCCCGUCGGGGGGCAGCCGGUUCUCCGAGGUCCGCGUGGCCCGCUGGGCGGCGGCGGCGCUGCGGCACCUGACGGCGGCGCCGUGCCCGGAGCGUGGCGGGCUUUUGCCGCGGCCCCAGUGCCAGCGCCUGGCGCGGCUCUCGCAAGGGCCGGGGCCCGCCGUCUACGUCUCGGAGCCCGCGCAGCCGGGCCACAAAGUGCGGGCCCUUCUGCCGGACGGCUGGGGGGACAGGCCCGGCGUGUCCCCGGUGCCCGGCCGCAACCAAAGCGCCGCGCCGCAGCGUCCCACCGGCGCCGCUCCUUCGGCGCACGACGUUGUCCUGGUGCUCGACCCCAGCCCCGGCGCCAGCUUCGGCCACCCGCUCCUCCUCUUCUACAUCGACUUCAACGUGACCCCGCGACGGUGCCGCAGCCGUGACCGCCUCUAUUUGGGGAAUUAUGAGUGCUUGACACCUGCCCAGAGGAGCCACUGUGAGAACCAGCUGAAGCGCAGGCCGGGACGUGGCAAGGGGCGGAGCCAGCAGUCGGCAGGUCGUGUUCGCCGUGAGGAGCCACCUGUUGGGCUUUGUGAGAUCCAUUUUCUGCCCUUGGUAGUUGUGGCACAGGACCCUAAACAUCUGCAGAAGCUGCACUGCCUGGACCUCCGUGGAUUCAACCCGUGCCCUCAGCCUCUGCCCCUCAUUAGCUCCACUUCCACAGUUGCCUAUUGUGAGCUGAACAAGAACACCCGGCGAUGCCACCGCCAGCAGCUUGCAAUGUACAAGUCUUGCCGCAUGUAUCAGACAUGCGAUCAUGCAGUGCUGAUAACAGGUGGUUGGCAGGAGCAGGUCACCUACCCACAUCAUGCCCACAACCUGUUGCUCUUCUCCCAGAUGCUUCAACGGAAUGGUUUCCGGCAAGAGCACAUUAAGGCCUUCUUUGCAAGCGAGGGGCAGGCUUCAGUGGCCGUAGAGAUGGGCGACGUGUACCCGGCCACAGAGAAGCUGGCGAUUCGCUCACACUUAACCUUGGUCUGCCGGAGUCUGCACUGUGCCGACUCGCUGGUGCUUUACCUCAACAGCCCAGCAGCCAGCGAUGGCACCAUUCUGCUGUGGGAUGCCAACCGCAAUGGCAUUGCUGAUCCUAAGGAGCGCUAUCCCAUCUCUGAACUAUUAGCUGACUUGGAAAGCUGCAAAGCACACAGGGUCUUCCUCUUUCUUGACCAGAGCUAUCCAGAACCACUGGCAAAGAAGCUGCGGGUAUCACGGCGCCAUCCCAAUGUGGUGCUAGUGCAUAGCGGCAUCACCACCAGCGGUGGAUCAACUUUUGCUGAGUUCUGGGCAGGGCUACAGCCUGACCAGUGUCUUCUCCAGCACAUCUUGCCUGUGGGUCCUUGGUCAGCAGUCUUGGCCUCUGGCACUUCAGCCCAGUUGCUCAAUGUCACAUUAGCGGGAGCACCUUGCCAUUCAGUGCCACCCCUGGGUGAGGAGGAGCGUCAGCGGCGCUACCACGGCUGUCAAAAUCUGCCCACCAUGUUGUGGUAUCAGAGCAGGCACCAACAGCUGCCGCAGGAGGAAGACUGAGGUGGAUGGGGCAGAGCCCAGGGUCUCUCCACUUGUUCCCUAGCUAUGGACCCUUUCCCCUCCCCACCCCCUGGCUUCAAGGGAAAAGAAAGGGUGCCUGCCAUAGCUCUUUGGGAAGCCUGGUGUGGUCCCUGAACAUUGCUGCGGUAGGUUGAGGCAGCCUCAGUAAACUGCUGCACUGCAAUGGACUUUCAAAAUGCCAGGGCCAAAGGAGAAACCAAGUGCGACAGCCCACUCUUGCAUCCCGUUGAAAGAUAUAAAAUUAGCGAGACAGCUCAGUGGUCACACAUAGGAAUACAGCCAUGAUGCGCAAGACAGAAGGACAGUGGAAUCUGAAACCUGUGCUAGGGAAGCAGGGCAGGGCACUAUACAAGUGUGGGAGGGCCAAAUGGAGCUGCAGCUACUUCAGUGGUCACAGUGUGCCGUUGCCCUGCAUGCGGCAGUUUCUCCUUCCCUUCACGGAAAAGCCACAAGUGGUGUGUGUCACUCUACAGAUAAAAGCUCUAAUGAGCUCGCUGGUGAGAAAACAAUAGGGAGAAACACUCUGUAAGUCAACCAGCUGUUUGAAUAAAGGACCACUGUUAACGGA